AUGAAGACUAAAGUCUCUGAUUUAUCAAAAAACAAAAAAUCAAGAAAAAAACUACACCAGAAGAUAAUAGUAAUAGUUCCAGAAAAUGUUAGAAGCCAACCUCAAUUAAAACGGCAUAGAGUUGUAACGACUGAAGAAGAAAAAGAAAUUUUAAAGUACUUACUACAAAAGGAAAAAAUACCUUCAGAAAAUGAAAUUAAUGAAGUUUUGAACAAAUUACCACAAGGAUGGAAUAUUCAACGUGUUAAAAUGUAUUGGAGAAAUAAUAAAAAUAAAGGAAAUAAUAUAUAA